AUGUCUUCAGUCCAACGUCCAAAACCUUGGGAAGUCUCGUCUGGAACAUCUGCUGCUAGUCUUUCACCAUCUGCAUCACUACCUAUGAGCUCUACUCCGGCGGCGACGGCGGCGGCGGCGUCAUCUCCCGCAUCAACAAUUUCGACAGCAACUUCUUCAACAACCCCAGAACUUCCCGCUAGACCUACAUCUCUCACAACAGCAGCUCCUGCUUCAGCAGCAUACUCGCCGUACUCAGCUACAGGUGCAUCUUCGCUAACUGGGUUGGGAACUUCACCUUAUGGCACAACAUCGCCUUAUGGCACCAGUUUAGGCACUGGUAUUGGUGGCUACGGAUCAUAUGGUUCAAGCUACGGCGGUUAUGGCUCCUAUGGCACUGGUGGCUAUGGUGGCUAUGGUUCAUAUGGAGGUUAUGGUGGAGGUUAUGGAGGAGGUUAUGGAUCACGAUUUGGUAUGAAUGGUUUUAAUGGAGCUGCAGGCGCUGGCGCGCUGGGCCCUAACGGAUUUCAAAACAGCACACAGGCAACAUUCCAGCUUAUUGAGUCGAUAGUCGGAGCCGUUGCAGGCUUUGCUCAAAUGCUGGAAUCUACUUAUAUGGCUACUCACUCAUCAUUCUUCGCCAUGAUGUCAGUGGCCGAACAGUUUAGCCAUCUGAAAAACUCGCUGGGCUCGAUUCUGGGAAUUUUUGCUAUCAUGCGCUGGGCCAAAAAACUGUUAGCCAAACUUACAGGGAACUCAAAACUUAAUCCAGAUACAACUAUUGCAAAGUCUUUAAACCCUACCGAAUUUGCCAAAUUUCAAGUUUCUGGACCUAAAAACUCACCCAGCCGACCACGACCAUCUUUUAAGCCUCUUCUCUUUUUCUUUGCUGCUGUCUUUGGCUUUCCUUACCUUCUUAAUAAAUUAAUUCACUCUAUAGCUAACCAGGCUGAGCAGCAGCAACAGCAAAUGUUUGAUGAACACGGAAACCCUAUUCCACAAAUGCUAAUGGACCCCAUGUCCAAUACCCCCAUCGAUCCUUCUAAACUUGAGUUUUGCCGCGCCAUCCACGACUUUGUCCCUGAAAAUCCACAAAUUGAACUUGAGCUACACAAGGGCGAUCUCACUGCAAUUAUUGCAAAGGAAGAUCCAUCUGGAAACCCAUCUCAAUGGUGGCGUGUGAGAACUAGAGAUGGCCGCACAGGUUAUGUUCCAAGCACUUAUGUCGAAGUUAUCCCCAGACGGAUAGAAGAAGUUUCCACAGCCCUACCCCAAAAGGCUAUUGAAGGACAAGUCCCCAAAGCUAUUGAUGAUGAAUUAAAAAAGCCUAGUAGAGCUGAAGAAUUUCAACGACAAGGACUUUAA